AUGUUUAAAUUCUUGUCCAACUCUUUGAUUACUCAGGCCAGCUGUCAAGAGGGGGCUGGUUAUUUAAAACGGGCCGACACAGACCGACUUUAUGAAAUUUUCUUAAAAUAUGCUACGGUAGAAAAAAAUGGCGAAAAACACAUCACUAGUGAAGAUUUCGUCCGAAAGUUUCUUGGUUUGUUUGAUGAAGAUGACUACAACAAGGAAUCGGUUAAGCUCAUCGCUGGCAUCGUCGAUAUGGACAAGGAUGGGUUCAUCUCGUUCUCAGAGUUUCAAGCUUUCGAGGGGCUCCUGUGCGUCCCGGAUGCGCUGUACAAAACCGCCUUCCAACUAUUUGACACUAAUGGCAAUGGACUCGUUGCGUUUGAUGAAUUCGCCGAAGUCAUGCGUAAAACGGCACUACACAAGAAACUGCCAUUCAACAUGGAGAGUACCUUCGUCCGACUGUACUUUGGAAAGGAUAAGAAACGUUUAGUAACAUAUCCAGAAUUCAGUCAAUUCUUACAUGACUUUCACGAAGAAUACGGUGUAGAAGCCUUCAAGAAGUGCGACAAAGAUUGCACAGGCUUUAUCAGUGCUGGUGACUUUAGAGACAUCAUGCUCAGUGUCAAGAACCACCUUCUCACUAAGGACUUGAAGACUAAGGUUAUUAAUGCCUCUGGGUUCCCCCAAGGCGAAAGAAAGAUCAGUUUCCCAUACUAUAUGGCCUUUAAUUCCCUACUAAACAACAUGGAACUGAUCAAACGUGUAUACCUCAACGCGAGUAACGGCCACCGUACGCAAGAGGUGACGAAGGAAGAGUUCCUCCAUUCUGCGCAGAUGAUGAGUCAGAUCACUCCCUUGGAGGUGGAUAUUCUGUUCACCCUCUGCGAUAUGAUUCAUCAGACGAACGGACUAACUUAUGCCAGCGAGCUGCAG